UGCCCAUAACACACAUUCAUUAAUUCCCAACGCUUCAUGUGUUUUACGCCUUGUUUGUCAUUUUCCCCCUGUUUUAUUUCUUGUUAAUAACCAAUCAUUUGAAUCCACAUGGGAGAUUCAAAGAGCCUUAUACACGAGCUACUACAAGGAUUGGAGUUGACAAGGCAGCUUCAACUCUAUCUCAACGUGCCUUCUUCUUCCUCUAAUGAAACCCGUGAAUUAUUGAUCCAACAAAUCAUAACAACAUUUGAAAAAGCACUUCAAAUGGUAAACCGUAAAGGACACGUGGCUGAAUCCUCACAACAACAACAACCGGCAAGGACGGUUGGAAUCCGAAUGUUGGACUCACCGCCUUUAAGCUGUAGUCCCAAAAGUGAAGACUCAGACAGAGAUUUUCAAGACCAUCACCGCAAUGCUUUCAAAAAAAGAAACACUAUGCCAAUUAGAUGGACAAAAAAAAUUCGAGUUACACCAGGAGUGAGAGUGGAAGGUCCUCUUGAUGAUGGAUAUAGUUGGAGAAAAUAUGGGCAAAAAGAAAUUCUUGGAGCAUUACAUCCAAGAGGGUAUUACAGAUGCAGUCACAGAAACGUUGAAGGGUGUUUGGCAACAAAGCAAGUACAAAGAUCUGAUGAAGACUCAACUGUGUUCGAAAUCACUUACCGAGGAAACCACACUUGCACAAUGGAAUCCAAUGUGGUAGCUCUUCCUACAUUAAAUCCAAAUGAAAACCAAGAAACAAAUGUAAACACAAAUCUUCAAAGUAUGCGAACAGGACUAAGAGUCCAAACAGAGAACCUAGAUUUCCUCGACCAACCAUUUGGUUCAAUAUUCUCUUCCCCUGCUGUACUUGAAAGCAGUUUUGUUGAAAACUUCAAUUCUCCUUCUGCGAAUUCAGGAAUAAGCCAGUUUUCGAUGUCACCGAAUUCAAGUGUGUUCCCUAAUAUCACAACUUCUGUUGCAAACACACCAACUACUUCGUUAGAGUUUCCAAUUGACCAAUUUGAAUUUGACAGACAUAACUUCACAUUCGAUAACUCGCCAUUUUUUUGAUUUAUGUCUUAGCUACUUGUAUCGUAGUCAUGUGGUUGUGCAAUUAUACACUUUUAUUCACGUAGCUUUUCUUUUGUUUGUGUUCUGCUUCCCUCGUUUUUUUAAUUUUGGAAAUUAAAAAACAGAGUUUAAUUUGAGUUACAGAGAAUUUUAUUUUAUUCAACCAUUGUAGUAGUUUACAAUUUGUAAAUAGACAUUUUAAUAUUUGAAAUAGUAAGCAUCAUUCAAUUUA